ACGGACCAGUCCUCCAGCGGCCGGUCCUCGCAGUGGUCGCCGGCUGCUGACGUGGGCCAGCCGGUGCGGGGCUGUGAGCGCGGGCCGCGAUGGCGGUGGACAUCACCCUGCUGUUCCGGGCCAGCGUCAAGACCGUGAAGACCCGGAACAAGGCGCUGGGAGUGGCGGUGGGCGGCGGGGUCGACGGCAGCCGCGACGAGCUGUUCCGCCGCACCCCCCGGCCCAAGGGCGACUUCUCCAGCCGCGCGCGCGAAGUGAUUUCACACAUUGGCAAACUGAGAGACUUUCUCCUGGAACACAGAAAGGACUAUAUCAACGCUCACAACCAUAUCCUGUCUGAAUAUGGGAGGAUGACAGACGCAGAGCGAGACCAGAUAGACCAGGAUGCGCAGACGUUCAUGAGGACCUGCUCAGAGGCCAUCCAGCAGCUGAGGAACCAAGCCCACAAGGAGACUCACUCCCAGCAGGUGCGGGAGCACAGGAGCGCCGUGCUGGACUUCACGCAGGACUACCUGAAAAGAGUCUGCAAGCUGUACUCGGAGCAGAGAGCCAUCCGCGUGAAGCGAGUGGUGGACAAGAAGAGGCUAUCCAGGCUGGAGCCAGAGGCGACUGCAAAGACCAGAGAGCCCGGUUCUGAGGACGCUUCCCUGGACCCUUCACCCGUCUCUGGAGAGAAGCCUGUCGCUGAGGAGCAUGCAGAAAAGAGUCCAGCGGAAGCGCAGCCCGAGCUGGGGAGCUGGGGGGACGGCAGAGGCGAGGAGGAGCUGUCCCCGGAGGAGAUCCAGAUGUUCGAACAGGAAAACCAGCGCCUCAUCGGUGAGAUGAACAGCCUGUUUGACGAAGUGAGGCAGAUCGAAGGGAAAGUGGUUGAAAUUUCCAGACUCCAGGAGGUCUUCACAGAGAAGGUUCUGCAGCAGGAAGCGGAGAUUGACAGCAUCCACCAGCUGGUCGUGGGGGCCACGGAGAACAUCAAGGAGGGCAACGAGGACAUCCGAGAGGCCAUCAAGAACAACGCGGGCUUCCGCGUGUGGGUGCUCUUCUUCCUGGUGAUGUGCUCCUUCUCCCUGCUCUUCCUCGACUGGUACGACAGCUAGUCCCGGCUCCGCUGGCACGCAGGCCGGCCUCCCCGUGGGCCUGUGUCCGUCCUGGCCAGGUCUGGCCCCAGCGGGCGGCGCCGAGACACACGCCACCCCAGGGACACAAACCAACCUGGAGUCUUAGAGCUGAACGAGAAAAUAAUGACCACGAGGCAGGUGGAGGGAUGGGGGUGGUAUCCUGUCUACCGGGGCAGCUGGGGAGGGGCUCCCCCCACAUCUCGGGGCUCAGGAGGCACGGCCUGCGGCCUGGCCUUUGUGCAGAGAAGGGAUGGCCCCGAAGAGCGGCCUGCUGCUCUCCCUGCAUCAGCGCUCUCAGCGACGUGGCGGGCCGGUGUGCAAUGCAAGCAUGGGCUGGAGCCCCGCACGGCAUCCUGGGGCCCGGGGCCGCCUCCGUGCGGACGGCCGGCCUGGGCCUGAGAGAGGCGUGCUGUGCAGUCUGCUGGGCGGCCUCGGGGACCCUCGCGUUCUCUGUGUAAACGAACUACAGCCAAUAAAGUCUGUGCUCGAACCUGCAGCCGGGCUGCCUCGGCCCCGUGAGCUUGCUACAGACAGCAGGUGUGCGAGCCCUCUGCCCCGUGGUCAUCACUGUGUGCGCGAGCGUGUGCACCCCACAGCUCUGCGGCCGCAAGACCACACGCACCCACUGCCCUGCGGCGGGCCCUUCCCCCCGGUGUCCGGUCUCGCGUGGGGAGGAAGCAUUGUCUGCAUCGGCGCGCUCCAGGAAGCCAUGUGCUCGCAGCAGGUCUCACGUCGUUUAUUUCUGAGCCACUAACACGCACCUGGGACACGUCCACCAGAAACAACACGUUCACGUAACACAGAGGGAGUGUCUGAAUGUCUUCUAUUUAAUCGUCUUACACACUUACUUAUCUAACUGACAAUGUUACAAACAUAGACUUUAAUGUCAAGAUUCGGGCUGAAACGAUAUUCUUACAAAGGUGGUGAGCUGAAAUGUAACUGGACUUGCGAGGUGCCCCCCCGCCCGCCCCCCUUUUCUGCCUGCUGACUGGAAGGAGUUAGGUCUGUUCCUCAGAAUGAAGCGCCGAGGCCUCCAGCUGCGAACUUUCCCUUUCCCACCCGGCUUCGUGUCUGAGCCAACUCGUUAGCGGGGCCUUCGGUGCACGAGUUUCCAUGACAGCCCCGGGGGCUGCGCUCCUGUUCAACCGACACAUCACGAGCAGGACAACCACAGGGUCAUGGCGCUCUGCAGCCGUGGCCCCGGCACCCCUUCCCCAUCCCUCCCCCCCCCACACUGACAGCGACAGGCACUCAGUGACCUGGUGGCACCGUCCUUCUCUGCUGGGCUCCCACUGGUGCCGCCCCACGGGGCGGGAGCACGGCUUGCUCUGAGCAAAGCAGGGCACCCUCUAGAUGUGGCCGGGGCACGGGGUCCAGGAACACAGGUGUCUAAGGAAGCAAUGCCAGCCCCAGGCAGGGGCCUCAGCUGGUGGGAGCGGCAUCCGUGCACCAGAGGCUGCAGGUUGGAUUCUUGCUCAGGGCGAGCACUAAGGACACUGAUCGAUGUUUCUGCCUCACAUCGAUGCUCCUCUCUCUCUCUCUCUCUCUCUCACUCUAAAAAUCAAUUUAAAAAGCAUAGCCCCAGGUGAGAAUUAAAAA